AUGGAUCUCGGCUGUCAACCAUCACGAUCAUUCCUCUUUGAGCUAACUGAAAUAGAGGAGAAGCAUACGACAAUAGAAGGCCGGACAUGGCGAAAUUACUUUCCAAAUGGAGAUCUUUGGGUAUUUGGUUAUGGGAGUUUGAUCUGGAAGCCACCACCGCACUAUGACCAGAGAGUGCCGGGGUAUAUCAGCGGCUACGUGCGACGCUUCUGGCAGGUUGGUAUGCGUACGGACCAUCGCGGAACCACAGAAAACCCCGGGCGGGUUGUAACCGUGAUUGAACGAGAAUUCUGGGAAACACUAGACGACCCGCUCGCACACCUCGAAGUCCCUUCUUCAUUAUCCAAAGCCGCCGUCUGGGGCGCAGCAUACCACAUCCCAGCGUCUCACGCUGAAGAGGUCCAUGAUUACCUCGACGACCGUGAGAUAGAUGGCUACACAGUCCACUACACGCCCUUUUAUCCGACACCGACCGCCACUACAUCUAAGGCUGAUACACCGACUACACCAAUCACUUGUAUGGUGUAUAUCGGUUUGCCCACUAACCCGCAGUUCCUGCGUGAGCCGGCUCGUCGCGAGCCACAGGAUGUCGCGGAGGUGAUCAGUGGCAGUUGCGGACAGAGUGGGAGAAAUGCGGAGUACUUGUAUUUGCUUGAGAAGGCACUGGAUGGACUGGGACUGGGGAGCGCAGACGUGCAUGUGACGGAUUUGGUGGGCCGUGUGAAGGCAAUUGAGAAGGAGGCGGCAAAGGCUGACGAGGAAGAAGCCGAGAAGGAUCUGACGAGGUCGCUUUCUAUCUCUGAUGCUGAGGCGCAUGAAGACUUCCCCAGGACCGAGUGA